GCUUGUGUAUAUUUUGCAUGUUGAGAAUAGAUUCGUACUACGCUCCACCCGUCUUGCCGUCACCAUUGCCACUACUUUGCGGGUACGGCACGUCUGUGUCGCUGCUCAGAUCAUCUGUCGUCGAUAAGUCUGUACAUACUCUUCGAUGCUCCUCGUUUUUGCUCUAUUCCAUUCUAUCCCAGUGUCAACAACGGAACCCGACACCGCUACGAUGUAUCUCGCUAUCACAAUCCUCUCUAUCACAAGCGCACUUGCUCUACCAAAUACGCCGUGCUACACAUCCCACUCCAUCGCCACAAUAUCCAUCCCGCUUAUCACCCUGCACGAAACAGCCUUCCACCCAGCGAGCUCCUCGAUCGCUAUCCCCGCUACGACCGCAUCUCUUCCCCCUUCCACUUCCACGAUAGACGGACACCCAAUCUUCAACGCAACGGCCUGCACCCCCGGCACGGCGGAGUGCCACUUCAUGCUCGACAAGUUUCGGUGGUGCAACAAGCAGGGUUUCUGGGUGGGGAACUACUGUGGCGAUGAGCAGGUUUGCUGCGAUAAGGGCGUUUGGGGACCCGAGUGUGCGAGGAGAGAGGCGUGUGGGGUGCCGAGUGAUGGGAGAUCGAAGAGCAGGGAUGUGGGAGAUGGUGCGGAGGGGACGCUGGGGGAGGGAGACGCUUGGUGGUGAGAUGUAAUGUGACGGAUUCCAAGUAGAAUGAUCUAAUAUGGACAUUUGAGAGUGGCGGCUUCGAGCUGGCCAACGUUACGGCUCAUGGAAUGGCUGCACAGUGAUCAUUCGUCACAGGCAUCACACGGCAGAACAUGAAAAGGGUUGGUGCAUGGCAAUACGUUAUUCCUAUCGAGAAAAAGGCCGGUUUCCCAUCGUCAC